AUGUGGGGGUUAUGCAAGGACUAUUUUCCGAGCAGUAAAAUUCAAGUGCAAGAGAGAAAUAAAGCAUUAAAACUGAAGAAAAGUGGCAGCGAACAUAACAAGAAGAAGGAAAAAAGAGGGGUAAUGAUACGGUUCACGGUUCUACGUAAUACUAAGACACCUCUACUUUCUGCGAGAAGUAUAUGCUUAUUUGCCCAGGCGCCCACCGGCAGGCAGAUUCGGUGUAAUACCUUGAAUAAAGCCAUUACAACUAAAAUACUUUUAUUUACAGCAUCAAAAAGACAUGUUCAUGAUGGCAAGCAUUUUUUUACGACACCACAUCAGCAGCAACAGACGAAGUCGGGGGAAACUGAAGAGGGAAACCGUCCUAACUUAGAAGAGGACUUGAAAAGCAUUGGUCAAGCAAUAACACACCAACGAAACAAGCGCCGAAAACAAAUAUGGUCCGCCAUAUUCGGAGGUAUAUUCGGCGUGAUAAUAGGAUACUCAGUAAUCUAUAAAGUGGUGUAUUUAAAGGAACAAAGUUUCUUACCAUUGUUUCCUUCAUCCAAGAUACGUAAGCUGAGUGCAAGAGAUUUGAAAAGGGUUGACGUAAACCAGGUACAGAAGCUUUCUAAAUUACGGGUUUUAGAGAUAUUAUCUGGUCAUGAAAUGAUUAAAGAACAAUACGGAGUGCCGUUACUAGAUAAAGACGGAAAUUCACCCACGUUAAACGAGUUCAGCAUGUGGUGUGAAGACCAAGAUCCAUGUGUAACUGGUAUUGUAAUGGAACCUGACGAUCAAAGAGAUAGUUCACACACUUGGUAUAGAAUACCCUUUGUUUGCAAGUGGAGGAUAACACACCGGCCGAUAAGCAUUCGGAGGACUAUCGACGAUUUGCUGAACCGCAUUGGUUUAGAAACAGCGGAUUUAUUUGAGAUAAUAUCGCCCGAGAGGGUAUACGGAUCGUUCAAGUACGAAUACCCACUACAAGGGGACUCACAUGCAUUGCACCUUUGGUUCCACGGUGAAAUCGAACUGGACGAUGAUUCUUUGAUUGUAUAUAAUGGAAAAUUUCACGUUGAUGUUAAACUGCAAGAAAUUGAUCUGUUCAGGCGUGAAAAGAACGGGCAAUUAGUGCAGUACGUUCUAUACAAAAACGAUGCCAGCGACAAAUGA